CCUCCCACUUGCUCUCCCUUGCUCUUACUGGAAGCCUAUUGUACCCAGCCUACUCUCGGAUUCCAAUUCUACAUCUUGUCGGCAUCAGUCCCUCAACCCAUUCGACCAAUCCAUCCACACAGCUACAGUACAACCAUGCCGGACCCAAUACCGAGGAAUGUCUCCGAGGGAUCAGUCCAGGACGACGAGCAUGACCGCAACUUUACUUCCUUUGCAGAAUACAUUGAUCACUCAAAACACGAUCCAGAAAAGGUUGUUGAAGUCAGUCCCAAUGGCCGAUAUGCAAAGUUGAAUUCUGUCCUCGGAAAAGGUGCCUACAAGAUCGUGUACAAAGGCAUUGACCGCGAAGAAGGCUACGAGGUCGCAUGGAACUGCUUCCAGACCACAAAACAGGAGUAUGCAGAGUUGUCACAGGAGGUCGAGAUCCUAAAACGAGUCCGCCACCCCAAUAUCAUCAACUUUCACGACUGUUGGUACAGCAAUACAGAGUUCAUCUUUAUCACCGAACUCAUGACAUCCGGGACUUUGAGAGAAUAUAUCCGCAAAUUGCAAUCCCCAAAUCUCAAGGUCAUCAAGCGUUGGUGCCGGCAAAUUUUGAAGGGCCUCAUCUAUCUCCACUCGUACGACCCUCCAAUCAUUCACCGCGACAUCAAGUGCGAUAACAUCUUUAUCAAUGGAGCACAUGGCGAGGUCAAAAUUGGAGACAUGGGAACAGCAAAGAUGAAGAUUGGUAAAAAGUACACUGUCAUCGGCACACCGGAGUUCAUGGCACCAGAAAUGUACGAGGAGAAAGGAUACAGUGAAAAAGUCGACAUUUACGCCUUCGGAAUGUGUCUGCUGGAGAUGGUCACCGGUGACUACCCGUAUAAUGAGUGCAAAAAUGCCGCGCAGAUUUAUAAGAAGGUCACACAGGGACUUAAACCGGAGUGCCUCAACAGGAUCAUUGACCCUGAUAUUUUGAGCCUUAUACAACACUGCCUUGCUCCUGAGCACGAUAGAUAUUCAGCUCAAGAGGCGAUCGAUGACCCAUUUUUAGGUGUGGAACCAGAGGUUGUUGUUUUGUCAACGAACGAGACCACGAACCACCUAAUGCUGCAAGUCGUUUUUAAGGGCAUGGACAAGCUGUCUGUUAAAUUCGAAUUUAAUGCCGUUACUGAUACAGCGGAGGAAGUUGUUAAUGAGAUGAUUGAAGAGCAAGUCCUUCCACAGCGAUACAAGAGGAUUAUCACGCACGAUAUCAACCGGAUAUUACGCGAACUGGCGGGGACAGGCGACAAGAAGGAUAGCGCAGGACUUACGCCCUCUUCGCCCAUGAUGAUCAUCAAUGGUCAUUCUCAUGGGCCAAUUUCUCACUUGGCCCUGGAUACUAUUGCCAACUCUCAAACACCUCCUGUCAGAACCGUCAACCACCUGAACCGGAAGAACUCCAACUCGGAGUGGAGUGUGGAGGAGGAAAUUCCUUUCAAAGAAUAUAGCAUGGAUGCACCUAUCGAGGAUUUGGUUAAUGACACGGCGAUGGCGUACCAUCGCGGACCAGACAAAGCGAACGAAUGGCUUGCUAAGCUCAAAAAUCAGGACAUCAUGACGAUCGGAGAUCUUAAAGAUCUACAGGAUUCGGACUGGGCCGGGUUCGACCUCACGGUCUUUGCCUCGCGCGCUCUGAGGAACAGGUUGUUCGGCAAGAGACCUAACACUCUAAGCAGGAAUUCAUCAAGCACCACUGUCAAUGACGACGGUCUCUAAAGCAUACCUCCGCUAGCAUCUCUUCUUUCUUAUAUUCGGACGCAAGAAAUACUUUUAUAAGGCGCCUGAGGAGAUGUGCAAGAGACCAUGACAAUGACCCGAUAGCACUUUUUUCAUCAUUUUCAUUUUCGCUUUUCUCUUCUUUUCUUCGACCGUGUCUCAUUGUACCCUUACACACCCUUACACCUUAUUCUCAAACAAAAGCACAAGGUAAUAAUAAUCAACUCACAACUAGACAUCUCCAAUGUAUAGACCCACAACCCAUAGUUUGAAUGUCAGUGCUUUAUACGUAUUUUUAAGUCAAUAACAUGAACAUUAAAACUUAUCUAUAUACCCUU